AGAACAUACACAUAUUCAUAUAAAAAAUGCACAGAGCAAACACAAAUAUCCAAGGCUUCACUCAUGCCGUCCAAAUCCUCCUCAAAAACCCCUCCCAGUUCCUCCCACACCUCACCAUCCCAACCUUCACGCAUCUCCCCGAACAACUCGGCCCUCAUCUCCAACAAACAAUUGCACCACCACCACCACAACAACAACCAACGGAGAAGAAACAACCCGAACAAUUACAAACACAAACACAAACCCCAAUAACAAUAACCGCCUUGGUCCUCGACAAAGACAACACCCUCUGCCCCCCCAAAACAACUACCUUCCCCCCCAAAUCCUCUCGAAACUAACCUCUCUCCGCACCUCCCCAACCUCCCCCUUCAACAAGGACACAAACCCGAAUGGCAUCCUAAUCGUCUCCAACCGCGCCGGAAGCCACCCUGCGUACGACGCGGAGAUUCAAUCCAUCGAGACGCAGCUCGCGCCGCUGCGCAUUCCCGUCUUCAGACUUCCCGAGGGGGCAAGGAAGAAGCCCUUCUGCGGUGAGGAGGUUGUAAAGUGGUUCCAGGACAGACGGGUCGUCAAGGGGCCCGAGGAGAUUGCUGUUGUUGGGGAUCGGUUGGGGACGGAUGUCGUUAUGGCGUCGGAGAUGGGGGCGUGGAGUGUUUGGUGUUCCGAGGGGGUUUUUGGGGGAGGAAGGGAUAAGGAGGAGGAAUUUGCUGGAGAAGAUGGAGGUGUGGAUGGAGAGGUAUCUGAGGAUUGACAGGGGAUUGAGGGCUCCUGCACCCAGGGGUUGGGAGGCCAGGUAGAACUGAGUUCAGCCGCUUUUGGUGAGAGAUGGAGUGCAAUACAGUGCUGCAUGCAGAAGAGUUACCAUGUACAAUGAGCAUGUGUCUUGGAGUACAUAUGAACUUGAUAUUCUAUGUGGAUAGACACAUAUCCACCAACAUAUACGAGAGCUAAGCCGUUGCAACAUCUACGCGGCACCAGAAUAAAGGACAAGUUUCCCUAUGAACACUCAACGCGCCUGCAUCGGAAAUCCAUCAGACCCUUAUGACAUCUUGGCCAGAAAGGUCUUGAUUCAGUCCCAAGUACCACGGGCCCAGGGACAGAGUCUCCAGGAGAUUCUUCACGCAGCAUAUAAAAGCCAGUGUCAAGGAUGCUAGCCAUAGGACAAAAACUCAAAAAGUGAUCAUCACAGAAAUAUAUGCGAACAUUUCCGAACCAACCAACCCGAAGAAAGAAAAAGUAAUGAAAAGGGACCCAAGUCUCCGUCCCAAUCUGACUUUGUAUGGCAUAAACACGUGAGAACGACCCGACCGGUAAAUGAAAAUAAGAAAUGAAAAUUAAGUCGGGAUUAAACGAAGAGAUAAAGAGGUUCAACCUGAGCAACCGGGCAUGGGAAGAAGAAAAUCCAAAAAGUAUUAGGACCCGCCUCGGAAUAGAAUAAAACAAACAAAAAAAAAAGAAAAAGAAAAAGAAAAAGAAAAAAAGGAAAAGGAAAUAACGCUAUUAAUAUAGACAAACAAAAAGCGACAUAUGUCAAAAUAGAUAUAAUGACCUGGCGAGCUGAAUCCAACUCCAGGUAAUUGAGGCCCCCUUGCCGCAAAAUAGCGGGCCAUUCAGAAGGCUUGCAGCACUACCGACAAGAGCUAUCUCCCCCAAUUGACAGCCCUUGAUAUAAGCGUGACACCAACACAGCGACAUUGCAAUAUAUAUCUGGUGUUUUUUUUU